AUGGGUAACAAGAACUGUCGAGGUAAUAGAGCACUUGCUCGACCAUCUGCUGCAAGUAAAGAGGCUGCCUCAGCCCUCGAGUUCGACUUGAGACUUCUACCAUCUCAUCCAGCCUUGACCAUCGUCGACAAUGAGUCUAUCAGCAUCCACAUCGAGCAAUGCACCGGUAUGCGAGACCAUCCUACCGAUAUGAGCACCUUGAUCGAAACUCUUGCUGCUUAUGCACCAUACGUCAAGCAUAUCCAACUCAAAAUCCACGCACCAUAUCCUCACCGCGAGUCUUGGGACGCCCAGAAGACGCGAACUCAGCUUUUCAAGAAGCUUUUCGUUCAGAUUGACAAUUUUAAGCUUGUCAGCCUUAAUCUCCUUAUGCUUCUCAAUGCAGAAAAGUUUCCACAAAUGAAGUUGGCUGCCGGUAUCACGGGCCUCAAGUUCAAGGGCUGGAAGUUGAUGUACGAGGUCUUUCAGAUUGGAACUUCGAGGAUUGUGGGAUAG